AUCGCGCCGCGGUUCCGCGGCCCUGCGCCGCCGCCGCCGCCGCCGCCAGCACCGCGCUCGGGGCGCGCCGGGCGAGUGGCCAUGGCGGGCAGCGAGGUCGCGCCGGCCCAGCCGCCGGAGCUGGACGAGGACGAGGCGGCGUACUGCCGGCGCUGGGGCGCGCAGCACGCCGGGGCCCGCGAGCUGGCCGCGCUCUACUCGCCAGCCAAGCGCGUCCAGGAGUGGUGCUGUGUGCUGCUCUGCUUCGGCCUCAUCGCGCACAACCUGGCGCACCUGCUGUGGCUGGCGCGCUGGGAGCACACGCCCCUCGUCAUGCUGGGCGUCGUUGCAGGGGCUCUCAUCGCUGACUUCCUGUCUGGCCUGGUGCACUGGGGGGCCGACACCUGGGGGUCUGUGGAGCUGCCCAUCGUGGGGAAGGCGUUCAUCAGGCCCUUCCGGGAGCAUCACAUUGACCCCACGGCCAUCACCCGGCACGACUUCAUCGAGACCAACGGGGACAACUGCCUGGUGACGCUGGUACCACUGCUGAACAUGGCCUACACGUUCCGCACCCAGCCCACGGAAGCGCUGGAGCAGCGGUACCCCUGGGAGUGCUUCGUCUUCUGCCUGAUCAUCUUCGGCACCUUCACCAACCAGAUCCACAAGUGGUCCCACACGUACUUCGGGCUGCCGCGCUGGGUCACCCUCCUGCAGGACUGGCACAUCAUCCUGCCUCGGAAACACCAUCGCAUCCACCACGUCUCCCCCCACGAAACCUACUUCUGCAUCACCACAGGCUGGCUCAACUACCCUCUGGAGAGGCUGGGCUUCUGGCGCCGUCUGGAGGACAUCAUCCAGGCCCUGACGGGCGAGAAGCCCCGGGCCGACGACAUGAAAUGGGCUCAAAAGAUCAAAUAGCCGCUCCGAGCCGCCGCGUCUUUGCCAACCUUCCCCCGGACCUCUGCCCGCCCCCCCUACCCUGAACCAAAGCCAUCUGCCAAAUCCCAGCCUCGUCACACUGACCUCUCGAGGUGGAGAGGCCACCCCUGGGCCGGGCCCGGGCGCCCCCAGCCCACACGUGACACAGAAUACUUGAGCCACUGAUUUUUUUCAUGUCCUUUUUUUAAAAAAAAAAAAAUCAUUUUUUUUUCUUUGACCCCUCCCCAGACACCUGAGCCCCUCUGUCUGCCAAGCAGGACUGCAGAAACAGGACCCCCUUCCCCCCACCCCUGCCUGCCAGCCACACUCCGGGGAAGAGGGGAGGCGCCCACUAAUCACAGCACUCCUUAUCGCGCUGUCUCUCGGCAGAGGUGCUGGAGUCGUGGGGUCUUGUCCCUCCGCGCCUGGCCACAGUUGGUCUAGGGCUUCCCCAAGGAGCCCGAGGAGCCCUGCAGACUGACCCCCAGGCUGGGCAGACCGCCCCUGACCACCCCUGCCCCCAGCCUUCAGCCUAGCCUGACCUCCAGGGUCUGAGGACAGGUCACGCUCCCCGUCCACGCCUCGCCCUGUGUCCGAUGCUUCCGGUCAGAGGACCGCACCUGGCCACUGUCCUCGCUGAGGGUCCUGGUCAUUUUCCAGGAGACACACCCGGCUCCAGGCGUCAGUCAGAGAAGCAAGCGGGCGCUUUUUUUUUUUUUUGUUAUUGUUUUGGUUGGUUUUUUUUUUUUUUAAAGGUGCUUGCUUAAUGUAAAUAAUAGAAAGCCUUAAUAUCUUUUCUGUAACGGAGUAAUAUUUUAAUGUCAUGUUUCGGAUGUACAUAAUAUAUUUAUAACAAAGCAGCAAGAGUCUACUUCAACCGGCUGCCUGGCAUUUCCUGUUCGGGAGGUGGCGGGAGGAUUUCCAGCCUGGUGGAGAGCAGGCCCCGCCCCGCACCCCCCUUUCCCCAGCCCCACCUCCAGGAUGGGGGCUCUGUUGCCUGAGACCAGCCCCAAGGAAUCCGCUCCACGCACUUCCGGAGGGGCCCACGUCCUGGAGACACCCAGCAGGCAGAGAUCAUGAUGUUGGAGCCAUAAUGAAGGCCACGCUCGAGUCACGAGUUUCUCUUCGGCAAAUGUUUCUUGGUGCCUGGUGUUUGCCAGGCCCCAGCCUGGACAUGGGGGUGCAGCAAUGAACAAAUAAAUGAGGACUUUCCCCUGCAGAGUUGACCUACUGGGGACAAUAAACAUCAAUAAAUGCA